CUUGCGGACAAUCUGUGUGGAACGUAAGUUUUUUUUUAUGGAUGGCAAUAUUUUUUUCAUUGAAAAAUAAGUGAAGAAAAAAUCUAAUGAUUUUCAGUAAAAGGUGGAAAAAGAGUUGAUUAGAGAGAGAGAGUGUGUUGCUAUGAAGAUCAAUAGUUACCUGAGGGCAAUUGCCCAUACGAAGGAUCGAACACUUUUCCGGUACUUUCUUCUAGUUGCUCUCCGGAUUGCUUUGGUUUUUAUACCACAAACAGGCUACAUUCAUCCGGAUGAGUUCUUUCAAGCAUUGGAACCAAUGGCAGGGGAUGAAUUUCAUCUGGAGGUGGUGAGGACAUGGGAGUUCAAUGCCACAUUCCCAAUUCGGAGUGUCGUUGUGCCAUUUGGGAUCAUUAAAUUGCCCUUUAAUAUCUUCAAAUUCAUCAAUGGCUAUACCAUCUACUUCCUGGGUGUGAAUCUCAUCUCCAGCUACGCACUUCUCGUAUUCCCGCGUUUCUGCAUGUGUUUGCUGUCCUUUGUGUGUGACUACAGCAUGUUCCGGAUUUGCCGUGUAUAUGGGCUGAGGCAUGAGAUGAGACUCCUCAUGCUGGGUAGUUCAUACGUGAUGCUUGUCUUUGGUACACGUACAUUCAGCAAUACAGUGGAAAUGAUCCUGGUGGCUAUUCUUCUGUGCCUCGUCUCUGAAUGCAUGCUCCUCUCAAAUACUGUAAUCAAACAGACAGAGAUCCUAUACGAUAAAUACCAGGAAGCCACGAAGAUUGUGGAAAAGGUGAAAAUUUUCAAGCUAAAAAGUGCCCUACCGGCUCAUAGUUUCAACCGUUGCUUCCUGAUUGCUUCCUUGUGCGUUGUGGGUGUCUUCAAUAGGCCAACAUUCCUGUUCUUCGGCAUGCCAAUUGUCUUCUUCUGGCUUCUCCGUGGUCUUGGGACGAAAACCAUCACAUUCCUGGAUUUUAAUGUUCGCGUGGGGCUCUUUGUUCUUUCUGCCGUACCUGCCUUGCUUCUGUGCACCCUUGUGGAUUCUCUCUACUUUGGCUACUUAACGUUGGAGGAAGUUGAAAAGCUGGAUAUUGGAAUUAACAAUUUUGUCUUUACACCCCUCAACUUUAUUCGCUACAACAUCAAUCCCAGCAAUACAGCUCUACAUGGGAUUCAUCCAUGGUACCUUCACGUUCUCGUCAACAUUCCCCUGCUCUUCAAUGUCUUGGGCAUCGUGGCAAUCACUUCUGCUAUUGUCUUUCUUUUCCGAUUCUCCCGUGGGGAAUAUUCAUCCCUGCCACGAGCACAAUCAAUUGUUGGACUUAUGACGGUAGCCUGUGUAACCCCAACUAUCCUCUUGUCCCUAAUUAAUCACCAAGAACCACGAUUCCUCAUCCCUGUCCUCCUACCCAUUGUUCUUCUUCAUGCUCCAAAGUUUCACAGCGGAUUCUUCUAUGAAAAUCCCUUCCGGCUGCGUAAUGCCCUCACGGAAUUCAUCUAUGAGAAAUUUCUCUCUGUUGAGGCGUCCAAGAGGUACCUCAAAGUAUGGUACAUUGCUAACAUUGUGUGCACCCUCUUCUUUGGCUUCCUCCACCAAGGAGGUGUUAUCCAACUAACCAAUCAUAUUGCACGCGAAAUAGACACCCGCGGGAAUGAUGUGAAUAUCCAUUUGGUGACAAGUCACAUCUAUAGUGUCCCCAUGAGUAUUCUCCGUAUACCAAGUAGCAAACUUCUCUACACAAAUCCCUACAAUGGGCAGAAAUUCAAGCGAGAAAAGAGAUUUUUCCUCUACGAAUACGGUGGCAUGGAGAUGCGAAUGCUGUACAAGAGACUGAAGCUCAUUCUGGAUGUGAAUGAAUUGAAGCUUGUGGGACGAAAGCAAAAGUACGCACUAUUCCUGGCUAUCCCAUCAAGUCUCACGGAUGAUCUCAAUAUGGCCUUCUACGGGAGCAACAGUACUCUAAUGCAACAUAAGCAAGUUAGAGUUUUCUACCCGCAUCUAUCCACGGAAGCCAUGCCCAGUGCAUUCAGGCGACAUCCGUGUGAGGUAAAUACGGAUUUUUUUGAGAUUGACGACACUUGUAGUGCCUUUGACAAGGAUGACGCGUACUCCGUGGAUACGAUACUCAGGCAGUUCUCAUCUGUUGUCCAUCAAUUUGGUUUGGUACUCUAUCGAAUUGAGGUCAGCCGGAAAAAAGUCUAAAUAAAUUGAAAAGUAGAAGUAAUGAGCGAUAAAAUCAUUCUAGUCCACAGAAAAAAAAAACAAUAAAUUACUUAAAAGAGACUUAUGCUAAAAUUAUGAGAACAAAUAAUUCUAAAAAAAAUAGCAUGAAAAUUAACUUAAAAAAGAACAAUUCUUUACAUACUACAGAAAAUCAUUUAAUUGUUUUUUUUUUUCGUCAUAAUGCUGAAGAUUUGAUUGAGAGAAUUCAUGAAAAAUAUUUCUUUUUUUUUUUUUUAAUGCAAAACUCAACCAAAAAUACUGAAUUGAAAAAAAAAAGAUCGAACGCCUUGAAGUAACAUUGAAAAUUCAUAAUGUGAGGUUGUCCAAAAGAAAUUUCCAUUUAAUCUUAAAUUACAAUAUUAUCUAACUCUGCGUGAUUCUUCUCCGGCUGUGUGUAUAUUACAUAAAUUGUGCCCGUGGUUGAAUAAAAUCGGCAUAAAUUUCUCUGCGCUUAUCUGCAGUCGCUCGACUUUUUUUUCUUUGCUUCAUACUCUUCGUCUUUUAAUGUCACCAUCAAAUGCAACUAAAACAUGUCGCAAUGGUCCAGCCUAAACUAAAUCUACAAUUCCGAUUUUUUUUCUUAUUAAAUUUAUUUUAAAACUUUUUCUUGUCUUUCUCACCACCACGAAUUUUGUGAGAAAGUGCACACGUUUCUUUGAAAUUUCCUUUUGCAACAUUAUUUUCAUCGCAAAGACUCACGAGAUUGCAUUUUUUUUGCACAAAUUUUGACCACAUUCAACACAUUCAACGAUGCUUUAGGCCAUAAUUAACAAAUAAUUUUGAAUUAAAAAGAAUCAACGAAGAUGACGAAGAUUUAAGAGGAAAGGAGAAGCCUGAACAAGAGACCUUGAGAGAUUUCUUUCGUCUAGCAAUGCAGUAGAAUCAGCAAGAUAAAUUGAACCAAUUCCAUGCACCUCUUUGCCUCACAAAAGCCCAAAGAUAGAACUUCUAUUAAGGAAAAAAAAAGUCAAAUGAUUGACAAUUUAAUUGUGAAUUAUUUGUAGCUAAAUAAAUAAAUAAUUUAAGUGAAGAUAUAUAAUAAAAAUUUUUAUCGAAAGAAA